AUGCCGCCACGCAAGAAGAAGGACCGGUUUGUACUCUCGCAAACAUACGAGCAACCAACCCCAGAGAUUGAAGAUGAGAUACUAGAAGCAUACUCCGAUGUACUCGGAGAAGACAAAGAUGAGGAAGAAGACCAAGACUUGCGGCUAUCUCAUCUUCCUCAAGUCUUCCGCAUACUCAAGAUUCCUCGUGUGUUUGUCCGGGACAUUGAAACAGCAAUUGAAUACUACUAUAAUCACAUGGGCACGAAAACAGGCACAAUCGACAGAGCCAACGCCAAGCAGAGCAUAACCUUCGACAUGCUUGAAUCCUACACCAUCACGUCACCAACCGUGAAAACGCACGCGGAAAUCUUGGAUAUAGUGGACAUAGACAAGUUGAUUCGAAACCUCACGCGACUAGUCAAGUUUAGAGAUAACUUCGCUCACAUAAAGUCAAGCUGGCAGUUGUUUUUGGAACACUCAGGCUCAAAAGUUGCGAACAUUGAAAAUUUCAAGAUGGAGUUGCCGCAGUUGAAAUCGGUCAAGACGCAGUUGAACUUGGAUAAUGAUCAGCACACGGGCGAGAGGUUAAGUGAUGGUUUUAUGAUUGACAUGUUGGGCUGCUGCAAACUUGACUCGCGUGAGAGAUUGCUCAAUUUUGAAUUCAAACUGGGCGGAGCUAGUGUUGGCAUCAAGGAUUUUGCAGAGAUCUUGGGAAGAAUCGGGGAGUUUGAUUGA